UCGCAGCAAUCCAUCUAUCAAACCCAUCAAUUUCUAUUGCAAAACCCUUUUCAGCGAUCUAAAAUGGCAAUGGUUCCGAGAUUCUUCGGUAACCCACGAAGCAGCAGCAUCUUCGAUCCUUUCUAUUCUUUCGACCUGCGGGAUCCGUUCAAAGACUUCCCAUUUCCUUCUUCCUCUUCAAUCAUCUCUCGUGAAAAUUCUGCUUUCGUUAAUACUAGCAUAGACUGGAAAGAGACUCCAGAAGCUCAUGUCUUCAAGGCUGAUCUUCCUGGGCUUAAAAAGGAGGAAGUGAAAGUAGAGAUUGAAGAUGAUAGAGUGCUUCAAAUCAGUGGAGAGAGGAAUUUGGAGAAGGAAGAGAAGAAUGAUACUUGGCAUCGUGUGGAGCGCAGCAGCGGCAAAUUCUUGAGGAGGUUCAGGCUGCCGGAGAAUGCCAAGAUGGAUCAGGUUAAGGCUUCCAUGGAGAAUGGUGUUCUUACUGUGAUUGUUCCUAAAGAGGAGGUGAAGAAACCAGAUGUCAAGGCUAUUGAAAACUCUGGUUGAUUAAUUUCUUUCCCAUAAAUGG